AUUUAAGCGGAAGUCGAACGACGUUGACACGAGCCGCAUCCAACAGUGGACCUAACAACAGCCUUCCUACAUCCUACUGUUAAAUUUAAACAACCCACGGUGGCCAAUUGAAAUCAUAUUAAGACGUGUACUUGGAUUAGUUCGUUUUAGUACGAUUUUCUCCAAGUAGCCCGGAGGUGAGAAACGGAAAGGAGUGACGGUGUUUCAUUCGUUCCAAGUGCUCUUUGAAAAUUCAAGAAUGUAUGCUGCUGCGGGACCUAGCUAUGAAGCUUACUCGUAUGGAGCCCAAGGAGCCAGGUUUGGUAAUCAAACAGUGGUCGACAAAGUCCCAGCUGAUAUGCUCCAUCUAAUUGACGCCCAUUGGUAUCAAUAUCCACCUCUAAAUCCUAUGUGGCAUGGACUCCUUGGAUUUGUAAUAGGUUUACUUGGUUUCAUCUCGGUUACGGGGAACGGCAUGGUCGUCUAUAUAUUCCUUUCGACAAAGAGCCUUCGCACACCAAGUAAUAUGUUUGUAAUCAACCUUGCCAUCAGCGAUUUCCUUAUGAUGUUCUGCAUGUCUCCACCUAUGGUGAUCAAUUGCUAUUACGAGACAUGGGUACUUGGACCUCUCUUCUGUCAAGUCUAUGCAAUGUUGGGCUCCUUGUUCGGAUGUGGCUCCAUAUGGACGAUGACUAUGAUUGCAUUUGACAGGUACAAUGUGAUCGUGAAAGGACUAUCUGGUAAACCAUUAUCUAUCAAUGGAGCUCUCAUCCGUAUAGUGGGCAUCUGGUUGUUCUCUCUGGGUUGGACCAUUGCACCUAUGUUAGGCUGGAAUCGAUAUGUACCCGAGGGUAACAUGACCGCAUGUGGUACCGAUUACUUCAGCAAAGACAUCGUGUCUGUCUCCUACAUUCUAUUAUACAGCAUCUGGGUUUACUUCUUCCCGCUGUUCCUUAUCAUCUGGAGUUACUGGUACAUCAUCCAAGCAGUCGCUGCCCAUGAAAAGAAUAUGCGCGAACAGGCCAAAAAAAUGAACGUUGCCUCUCUUCGAUCAUCUGAAAAUCAAAAUACAAGUGCUGAGUGCAAAUUGGCAAAAGUUGCUCUUAUGACCAUCUCUUUGUGGUUCAUGGCAUGGACACCAUAUUUAGUCAUCAACUGGUCUGGCAUUUUCGACCUUGUUAAAAUCAGCCCUCUUUAUACCAUCUGGGGAUCUUUGUUUGCCAAGGCCAACGCAGUCUACAAUCCAAUUGUUUACGGAAUUAGCCAUCCAAAAUAUCGACUUGCGCUGUUCGCGAAAUUCCCAUCAUUGGCAUGCGCUGCUGAAACAGCACCUACAGACGCUACAUCGACUGUUUCUGGUACCACGACCGUUGCGGAAAAUGAAAAAUCUAGUGCAUAAAACAAUAUGCCACGACGACAUUUUACAUUUCUCGAAAACUAUAGAUUAAAAUAUACCUGAUUAGGUAAGGAUAAUAUCGACCUAAAUUACAGACACGAUUUGUAAAUAUUAACACUUGAUGUAACAUUAAGAAACUUUUUUAUUGAUAACGAGAAUAUGUUCGGUCAAAAAUUCAAACUUAAAACAAUUUAUUUAAAUUGAAUGUGUUCAAAAAUUUGAAAGUACAGCCUAACAAACAGCACAUCUAAUUCGAUGAGAGAAAACUCCAGUAUACGGAAAUCAUUGUAUAUUAAAUGAGCAAUAUUUUAAUCACCUGUGACUGAAUGUACGAUUCGCAUUUCACCACAAUGCAAAUCACAUAACAUUGAUUCAUAGGCAUGAUUUUAAUUUUGUACAUUUAUUGUGUAACAGUGUACAUGAUCACUUUGGUAUAGCAGGUACCAGCUCUAUGUUUACUAGAUUAGUAAGCACAUCACAUUAUCGUAAAAUAUGAAGGGAGCAUCGCAUCUGUACCUUAAUUUUAUAAAAGCAAAUAAAUUCUGCAAGCAACUGUA